UCUGGCACCUUCGGCUGAAGGGCCUUUCAGAUUGCGGAAAAUUAACAAUUCUUGAAAAUUUCUGUAAACUUUUAAAAAGAAUCAAGUCUUAUUACAAUUUUUCGUUUAUCAUAGAAGUGUAAUAGUGCAGAUUUAUAUGUGAAGACUAACUGCAUAACAAAUAGAGUAAGUAAAUGUGCAAUAACUGCAGGCAGUGGUAGGAGAAGUUAAACAAAGAAGAAAAAUACCAUUGCAACUGAAAGGAAAAAACUGCAGACGGGACAACGGCGAGCAAAGUAACGUAGCAGCGGCAAUAGCAGAAUUGCACAAAAUAUAAACGAAUUAUGGCAAAAGAAAACGAUGAGGUGCAACAUAACAACAACAACAGCUGUAGUAAUAGCGGCAGAAACAACAACGGUAUGGAUUCACUCCCCGCCAGUGUAGGUGUGACGACGUCGAAUGUAACAGAAGCAACAGCAGCGCGGACAGAUUUUGUUGCAGAGAUGGCAGUGGGCAACGUAACGGCCGCCGAUGACAAGGGCAAGGCCAAUAGCGUAGACGGGGCUGAUUGUGCCAUUGGCAGCUCUAGAAGCAAUCAGUUUGUGACGUCCACGACCACUUUCAUGCGUGGCAAACUUAAUGAUCUGGUAGCGGACCUGUGUAUUAACGGGCCAAUGGGAAGCAACGACAACAGUGGUUAUGGUGACUACACAAAUGAGCGUUCAAAUAGCACUGGUACAACAGCCCAUGUAGAAGCUGGAACUCAACAAACAAACUUGGGUUCUACAUGGGAGCCUGUUAGCAGCAGUUCCACCACACAACCUGUGACACAGCCACAUGCACCACCAACACAGAAUACAUCUUCAUUUUCUUUCAAACAUUUCCUGAGUAGCGGACCGCCACUAACGGCUCCUUCCAGCACUGUUACUGUCACAACACUGGAUGCCCCAACGUCUAAUAACGUGAAUGGCACUCAGAGCAAUAAUGCGACCGGGUCGUCAAAUAACGGUGCUACAAUUAAAACUUCAACUGGCGCACGCCCGAAAGUUCCUCAGUCAGCUUCCCUUUCAAGCACGUCAAUAUCGUCAUUAAUGACUGGCGGCAAUGUUGCUUCAUCGUCAACUACUGGCGGAGGGCAAGCAGAGGGUGGCAAUUCAUUUAGUGCAUCAGCUACAAAAAUGAAACGUUCACCACGAUUUUCGUCGUUCGAUUCGCAAGCUUGUCUUGCAGAGUAUGUGACAGUGGGUGCGGAUCCGGAAAUUGAAGGUAUGGGAAGCACAGGUACGAGUGGCGUGAGGACUGCAGGAGUUGGAGCCAAUACCAAUUCGGGAUUUAGGCUUUACCCAGAGAGUAGUGAUUUUUUCUCAUCGUCCACACGCGUUAGCCGCGGAAUGGGUGAUGGUGGUACAGGCGUAGGCGGUGGCAUAAAUAGCACAGGCGAAUACGAUAGGCAUCAAUAUGUACCACGUUCUUAUUCCAAUUAUGAAAUGCCUAUGUCGUCCUCAUCAUCUUCGCCACGUCGACGUGCAGGAGUUGCAAACAUCAAUAGCGGAGGUGCUGGUACGAGGGAGGCGCGACCCACACGUCUGGCCUUAAACACAAAUUCGUCCAAAUCGAAAGUGAAUUUGCCACUCGGCGACCUGAGUAGUGGCGCCUGUGGCGGCCCCUCUACGGCCGCCGCACCACCGGUUACCCGUCCACUGCCCAGCAAUGCAGGCGAAUUUCCCAACGCUGUGCUGCCUGACUUUGUGCAGGAUCACUGGCUUGAGUCAUGGUAUGCACACGACAUGCAUCUGGAUUCACCGCCUAAUUCGCCGAUACGCGAUUUUAGUGAUGUUGAUGUAGCAGGUGGGGCGGUUGGUGGUGGUGGUGGUGGUGGUGGCGGUGUAAAUGAUGUAAGCGGCGGCAUAGGCAUACCCGGUCCCUCGCCUGUGUAUGGCAGCGGAGGUGCUUGUGGUGGCGGAGGUGGUGCAACUGCUGAGGCUACUGCUAGCAAUGCAAAAAUGCUACCCGAUUUUCUCUCUGAUGGACCAAUAAUACAUUCUUCGCAGCGGCUAGCUGAUGUGGCUGUCGGCUUGCCAUCGAAUUCCAUAGGCUCGCCAGAUGAUCCGCCGAUCUCGUCUCAGCUAUCAAGGCUGCGUAUCGAAAAUGAGCGCUUGCAGCGGGAAUUGAAUGAUUCGCGUAUAGCGCUGAACGAGCAGGCACGGCGUGCAAACGAUUUGGAGCGUCAGUUGCAUGCGCGUGAACUGCAACAUCAACAUCUUCAGCAACAGCAACAACAACAAAAACGCGUUGGGGAGGUGACAACAACUGAGCGUGUUGAGGGGUUGGCGGAGAAAAGUAAACGCACGCGAGCGACAACAUCGACGCCGGGGGUUACGGCGCUGAAACAGCAAGUGACACAAUUGACGUUGGAAUUGGAAGCGCUGCGUCGUGAAAAUGAGACGUUGCGUGAAGAGGGCGCUGUAGGGGGCUUCAAUGUUCCAUGCUGUGAUCGUUCACGUCCAGUUGCGACGGAUGCUAGUGGUGGCGCUGCUGUUGGCGCAGAAGCGGGUGUGCGUGGCGCUGUUGGUCGACCGUCCAGAACACAACAAAUAUCAAGGGAUUUGCUUAGAGCUGCAACAAAUGCAGAAAAUAAUCUAAGGCAACUACUCGCUGGCGUAGAUAAUUUACGGCAAAUGGCUGCUGAUAUUGAAAACUCUGAACUUCGGUUGGGUUACGAUGUCAGUCCCGAUCUCUUUUCAGAUUUUCUAGACGAUUGUGAUGAUUAUGAGAACUACUCGGAUGGACCUACAUUGUAAUUAUGUAUGCAACUUUGUUUUGAUUUGACAUUUUCAUCGGUUAUUCUAUGAUACCAUUAAACAAAAAAUCAAAUAUUUUCAUUUGGCCGUAAAAUUGAAUCGUUCAACUCAACUAUACAAUAUAAAAUAUAAUCAUGAAAGGCAUUACUAAAAACUGCGGUUAACUUAAUCUAAAAUAAAACAAACAAAAAGUAUGCAAA